AGUAUAGGUACUAUCGGCCAAAGCCAGAGUCGACCACCUUAAAGGCGCAUUUUGUUUGAAGCGGGAACAUCUGCCCGAGGCUCGUCAGCUUUUGUCCACCAAUGAAAUUUGGGGGCGGACCACUAGAAUUUCUUUUGAAGUUUUUUGUGAUUUUCUGUCAGAAUGUAAACAGUGGUCCAAUAAGAAUAACAGCAAAAUGUUAUAAAUAUAUUAAUACGUAUUACAAAUGCGUAUUACAAAUUGAAUAAAAUGAUAGUGUGUCUAAUCUUUCAAACGUUUUAAACGUAUUUUUGUAAAUGUUUAAAUAUGAAAAUAAUUGAUAGUUUAAAAGCACUCGGAGAAUACGGCCACGGCAUUUUUAACCAAAAUUAGGAGGGUUUGAUGAAAAUGCAAAAAUGUUAUAGAAACACCAACUUUUAUUAAGUUUGCGAAAUGGGGAAACAAGCAUUGCUUUAUAGAAUCAACUAACAACAACGCCAGUAGUGCUUACAUAUUCGAUGAAAACGAACUGGAAGAUUUGGUUCAGACAAAAAUUAACAAUCUCGACGGCUUUACCCAUCUGGCUUUCGAUCCUUUGAGCCGCGAUGGGUUUUAUUUUUCUUUAUAUCAUGAUAUCUUACGGUGGCCCUGGAAAGGAUUGUUACAUCAUUUUAAUAUGCCACCAUACCUCAAUAUAAAAUUAAAUAAAUAAAUAGAUUGUGUCACGGAUUACUAUCCGUAUUACAUAUUUGAAUAUUAUUGGAAUAUUCAAUUUCGACGUUUCAAGUUCUCUAUAGCACUCAUGAUAAUUGUAGGUAAUUACUUACCAAAUUUUACAAACAUCUAUAAAACAUGAAAUAAAACAUUUCAUUAAAAAUUCAAUUGUUAGGGUUCCUUACCCAAACAGUAAUAAAAAACGGGAUCCUAUUACUAAGACUCCGCUGUCCGUCCGUCUGUCUGUCCGUCUAUCACCAGGCUGUAUCUCAUGAACCGUGAUAGCUAGACAGUUGUAAUUUUCACAGAUGAUGUAUUUCUGUUGCCGCUAUAACAACAAAUCCUAAAAACAGAAUAAAAUAAAUAUUUAAGUGGGGCUCCCAUACAACAAACGUUGUAAAUUUAAAUCUAAAGAACUCUGGUGUGUAUUUGCCUUUUGUCGAGCCACCUUUUUAUCUUACUGACUGGUUAGGUUGAAAAUUUCAAAAAAAAAUAAUGGAGCAACAACAAUGGAGGAACAAGUUCAACAAAGAAUUAGAAAUAAUACUACUAUAGAACUGUUUUAUUAUUUAAUUGUGGUCCCAUAGUAAAUUAAAAAGGAGCGCUGUGCCUCCGCUCCUGCAGAGGAGCCGGUGGCCACCAUAUAACAGCCGCCACAAGGUCAGGUGGUGGUGUUGGCGGCAGUGUAGGUGACCUCGGCGGCGAGUCCAGUUCGCUCGCCGACGAAGUCGACGCCUCCGGUGUCGGCGGUGGUGUUACACCGUCCGGCGAUGACGGUGGUGGCGUAUUAAUUCCGCUGCAAACAGAAUAAACAGUUUAUUACUUAUUUUAAACUUUAUUGCACAAUGCACACAAAAAGAGUUCAAAAGGCAUGCCUUAACGUAUUCUCUCCCAGUCAACCAUUACGCCAAACAGAAAUGUGUAAGCGCUGGGGAGCGCUCAGAAAUAGAGACCAAAAAUAUAACCGAUCUAGAAUAAAAUUAGAACAGAUUUGACAGUGGCAGUUAGUUGUUAUCUUAAUUUUGAUCUUCCAAUAUCACGUCAUUAAUUAGAACUAAAUCACUAUGUCUAAAUCCUAAUAUGUGCAAAUGAUAAGGUAUUAAUACUACGUAUAUCGAUACCCUAGUGGUCAAUUGUGACUUAUUUUGUAGAAAAAUAAAUAUCUUUGCACCAGUGAGCAUACUAUAGUGUAAUCACCAUUUCACUGAAAUCUUAACUUUUUUCGGAACUUCCGCACAGUCAUAUGGGCACUAGGGUAUCAAUAUCCAAAAUUGGUGAUUUAACUUUAUUUUUAAAUACAAUAUUAUUCCAUGAGUACUUACUUUCUUUCCAUUUUAGAACACAAACACAAGUCUCCUGUUUCACGUAAGAUCUCACAAGACCAAAUGACGUCGAGACGAUGUUAAAAUAUUUUGGAUUGUUCGAAGUGUUAAUAAAUUUAAGUUUUAGCCACUUUAGUUCUGGCACUCUCAAGUUCAGUCGAUAACAGCUAACAAAUCAAUUCCCUCUGCAACAUAAGAGUGAAAUGUUUACCACAAUUCUCUUUUGCAUAACAAUAACGCGCUUUUCUGUAAUAGCUAUUUUUUCUUGUAGUCUAGGGACUCUGACUUAUGUUAUAUGUUAGUAUGACAUGCCAUGAUUACAAUUUUCUCCUUUUUCGGGCAGUCGUGUAAAAGAUGUCAAUUUUCUUUUACAUUUAUAUGUGAGUAAUAACAUCGAAACUACAAUAAAAACCGACGAUGGGUUCCAUAACAUUACGCAAAAAACGGCAAAAAAAUCACGUUUUUAGGGUUCCGUACCCAAAGGGUAAAAACGGGACCCUAUUACUAAUACUCCGCUGUCUUGUGAAUUUGUGAUAUUUCAUGGUAAGUAAAUUAUUCGACACGUGAUGCUGAUGGUAGUCGAUAAUGUUAACUAUAAAGACUACUUAAUAUUUAUCACUUAUUUAUUGUAGAUGACUCUGAAACACGAAGCAAUGGCUAUAAAAAAUAUUAUGAUCACGGCGCGAGGACCUUUUUUUGUUUGCGAAAGUGGACUGAAGGACUCUAGCAGGAAGGAGAUAACGCAUCGGAAGAGCACACGAGCUUCAGGACACGAAGACAGCGAGAGGGUGCGGAGGACGAGGCGGAGGGCGCAGAGGCACAAGCAGCAGAGCAGCCGGCGUCGUCGCCGGCAGCUGAAACAUGCUGGGGGUGCGGCAUGCCCCUGCGCCUUUGCCUUAGAGGGCCUCAGAUGGAACCCUCGGCGGCUUCAAUACCGCCGACCCCGCCACCGACCCCGGUUGGGGUUGCGCGCCGUAUUCGACCCUCAAGGCCGGGCUCGGGGCGGACCAGGUCGCGGCCGGUUGCUAUUCCGGGGCGUCAAGACCGACGCACCCGGCCGCCGACCGCAGCAUUACCCUGCGCGGCGCCAGGGUGCAUGCUUUGCAGAAAACCCUACUAGGACAGCCGCCGCCGUGAAGCCGCGGCCAUCACGUAUUAAAUUAGUAAAUAAGCCUACUUAUUAUUAUAUUUUUUUAAUAAAUGUAUGAGUAUAACCUUAUAGUCAUACAUUUAUUCAAAAAAUUAUAAUUAUUAAAAACUUAGUGUAAUCAUAAUAUAAUAAGCCUAAAUCUUAAAUAUUAUCAAAAAUUUCAUCCACUUUGUAAAAGCAACCUCUCAAUAAAAAUAUUUUCAAUUCCCUAUGAAACACCGAGUGAUCCGUAAUGAUUUUUAGUUCAGUAGGCAAUCUGUUAUAAUGGCUUAUGGUUUUAGAUAUAAGUGUUAAAUGCGACUUGUGUAAGUGUAAUUUGUUUGUGUUAUUUGUGUAAGUUUAGUUUUUAGUUUUUAAUAUAGAUUAAUUAUUGUUACCGCG